AGUUCUACGAACCAGAAAAUAUAACCUUAGCAAUUCCACACGGUGGCCAUGGACAUAUUAAUUGUUCGGCAGAGAAACCUGAUGAUGCUCUAUUUGGUAUGACGAAAAUAGGCUCCUGUCAAAACUUUGCCAAUACAGGAAUACAUACAAUCCAAAAAGCCUCGUUCUCAGAUGCAGGAACCUAUGUUUGCAAAUUAAUUGGUGAUGGUGAAGUAAAGACAAAACUUGUUACGGUAAUUGUAACAGGAAACACAAAUUGCACCUUUGAGAAUGGCAUAUGUGACUGGAUACAAGAUACACAAGACAACACAGACUGGAUAUCAAAAUCUCAAAGCACGCCUUCUACUGGUACCGGUCCAAAUAAUGAUCAUACGUUUGGAGAUUCAAGAGGACACUACUUGUAUCUUGAGGCUUCGGGUAAGAGUCAACAUGACACUGCAGUUCUCAGGUCACCCAUGUUAUCCACCGGACCCUAUUGUCUCUCGAUGGCCUACCAUAUGAAUGGAAUCAGUAUGGGGGCACUUAACGUUUAUACAAAGGAGUGCAAAAGCACAGUGCGCCGUAAAAUCUGGUCUGCUGCAGGAAAUCAAGGUGUAAACUGGCUUGAUGCAUGUAUAAAAACACCUGUUCUAUCACAGGACUAUCAAAUGUAUAUAGAGUCAGAAAGAGGCUCUACUUAUGCCAGUGAUAUUGCUAUAGAUGACGUUAAAAUAUUUCCGUAUGCUGGUAAUUGUACCUGUUACAGUAGUAAAACUGUUGUCCGUUCCUGUAACUUUGAAAUAGAUAUUUGCCAAUGGCAUCAAUUAACGACAGAUGAAUUUGACUGGACACGGCAUUCAGGCUCAACUGAUUCUUCAGCAACUGGACCUAAUAACGAUCACACAACGGGUAUGUAG